GGCGGAGAAACACACGCACACACACUCACACACACACACGCACACGCACAAACAUACACACUCUGAUCUCUUCUCCGACGGAGGCGAGAGAGAGAGAGAGAGAGAGAGGGGGACAAACACAGAGAGAGAGAGACACUAUAGGAACGCAGCGGCUUGCGUGAGCGUGCGCGUGUGUGUGCGUGUAGGUGCGCUCGCUCGCUCGCUCGGUGCUACAAGCGACUGGCGGGGCGGAUAUGGAGGGGCUCGGGAAAAACGCUGGGAACUGACCGAGCACCAACACGAAGAGAGGGGGAGAGAGAGAGAGGAGACGGACGGACAGCACAGAAGGAAGGAAGGAAGGAAGGAAGGAAGGAAGGAAGGACGGGCGGACGGACGGAAGGAAAGGAGGAGAGGAGGAGAGAGAGAAGUCAGACAGAGGAGAGGAAGAGAGUGAGGAAGGGGCUCGCCUGGAACACAGAAGGACCCUAAGGAGUGAGCCCUGGGCUGGAUGGGACCCACCAUGCCUCCCAGUAAGAAGGCCCAAAGCCCCAGUAGUGGAGCCAGUGCCUCGCAAGGCAUGAGCCCCCCGUACCGGCAGGGGGACGCUGCCACAGCAGCAUCUGAGGCGGAGGCAGCCGACCUCUCCCUGUCGCUGUCCGCCUCCUUCUCCAAGGCUGAGGACGAGGAGCUCACUAGCCUCUCCUGGCUCCACGAGAGCACAGACCUCCUCAACAGCUUCAGCCACUCAGGGCUGCGUAGCGUUUCCCCUCUACAGGACCCCGACGGUCAGCACCCUCGCUCGCCUUCCUCGUCUCCGUCCCCGGAUGACGGCCUGCUCGGCGAUGCACACUCGGCGUACGAUUUGGCAGCAGGGGCGAACCGAAAACCGCCGUAUUCCUUCAGCUGCUUGAUCUUCAUGGCCAUUGAGGAUGCACCAAACAAACGGCUGCCUGUUAAGGAUAUCUACGGCUGGAUCCUGGAGCAUUUCCCAUACUUUGCAAACGCCCCCACAGGCUGGAAGAACUCGGUGCGCCACAAUCUGUCGCUGAACAAGUGCUUCAAGAAGGUGGAUAAAGACCGGAGCCAGAGCAUAGGCAAAGGCUCCCUGUGGUCCAUAGAUCCGGAGUAUAGGCACAACCUGAUCCAGGCGCUGAAGAAGACGCCGUAUCAUCCCUACUCGCCGGGCCUGGCCACCCCCUCCACCUCUCCACCCACCCUGCCUCCGACAUUUCACCACAGUCCUCCAUUGUGGUCGGGGAGUCCCCUCUUCAGAAAGAACGGAGGAGUUCUCCUACAAGUUCCUCGUGGUGUGAUCCAAAAUGGCGCCCGCGUCAGGAGCCAGGCCCUCUUCCCUGUGAUCAGACCCCUACCUUUAAGCCCUGUGGGGAGCAGAACCUCGGCCAUAAGAUCAUCCCUUGGAGAUUAUCUAAGCCGAGGACAGGACAGCCCAUCCUGCUACUCUCCACCGCCCUGCAGCGAGGACCUCCAGGAUGACCACACUUAUAGCACCGCAAAAUCCCCCAGCAGGCUCUGCUCCUCUCAGCUCGCGGACCCUUGCUGCCCUCUGGACGACGACGACAUCAUUGCCGUGGAGAUCCAAUCGGACGUCAAAACCGAACCCCGGGAGAUCCCAUUGGAUUCUCACGUCACCACUGCCGCCGCUGCCUACAUUUCCCAGCAGCCCCUGCGCGGACAGAGACGUAGCUCGGGGUCGGGAGCUGGGACUCUGGCAGGGAGCAGUUUGCCCUGGACCAAAAACCGAGCAAGGGGCAUUAGCGACACACUGCCGCUGAAAAAAAGGCGCGCAGCGGCGGUGGAGAAGCCGCCUGAGAGCGACGACGAGGAGAUGAAGGAGGCGGCAGGGUCGCUGCUUCACCUGGCGGGGGUCAGAGCCUGCCUCAACAACAUCACAAACCGCACCGCCAAGGGCCAGAAGGAGCAGAAAGAGGCCCUGAGAAACUAAGACACACACAUAGAACAAAUACAUAGUCAUGCAAACACACAGACGCUAUACAGCUCACAGCACGCACACAGACAUUAACACACACACUUAUACAACAAUAGGUCAACAGGUAAAGUUACUACAGCAUUAGUCUCAACAGACACUUCUCAUCUCCCUCUAUCUAUCUGCAGGGCAUUAGGUGAAUCCUACUUAUUUGUGGCAAUAUCAAAAAUCUAUGUUUUCCUACAUGUUCAGCAACACUAACAUCGAUGGGUAUUUCUCAUGUGUCCUUGUUGUUUUGUUGUUUAAAAAGGGGAUGAAAGCCAUAAAAAAAAGCAUGUUUUGUCACUAAUUAGGAAAAGUCGAACCCGACUCGACUGAAUCACAUUGAGGGAGCGUACACAGCACGCGAGCGGAAGAUGGCUGUUUGUCUUACCUGUUUGUUUCUAUGUGAAUCUGUAGCAAUCUUGCAGUGAUGCCGGCGAAGACGGCAGGGCCGACGGGCCGAGCCCUCGCUCUCUCUCCCGGCCGCCAGCCGGCAUCACUCUCCUACAUCCACGAGCACAAAUGUGAGACUGUGCCAAAGAUAAGCGACCAGGUUGCUUCAUGUAGCCGCUAUGACAGCUGACAAAAAAAAAAGAAGAACAAGAAGAAGAAGGCAUAGUAGUAAAGAAGAGCUAAAGAGAAUGACCUUAAGUGUCAAAAUAAUUGUAAAACCCAAUGUGAUAUAUAUUCAUGCACUUAAGAUUAUUUUACGCCACUUAUAAUAAAAGCAUCAUGGGUUAAGACAUGGUUUAUUUCAAGAGCACUCAUAGUAUUUAAGAAUAGAUAUAUUAAAAUAAAAAAAAAAGGUCAUGUUUAUCACCAUAGAGAUGGAUAGUGUGCCGGGUCUGAGGCAAUAUCUCCUUCAUUUUGUUGUUGUUGUUGCAUAAUGUAAACGUCCCUGAAACCUCCCCAGUACUUCUGUCCAUAGACGUAGACACCUGGUAUAGAUAUCAUAGCUACCAGUAGCUGCCACACCUUCCUCUUCAUUUGACAAUGUCAAAGAACUAUAUACAUGAACUGUGGGUUAUAGAUUUCUGUUUGUGUCUGUUUACCCUCACUCUACCCUCAUAAAGAUAUAAGCAAUUUGUCCCGCGCGGGCAACUCUGUAAAAAGGUUAGAAAAUAUUUUAUUUUUUUCCUUUCUUAAUUGAAGCAAUUUGACCUGCAGGACUUUCUCAGUUAUAUUGCAUGGGUGCUUGUAAAUAAGAUAAAAAGCAAAUCUUUUUUAUUCAAAGAACAUGUAAGAUAAACGAUGUAUUUAGCAUGAAGCAUGACUUAUUUUCAUAUAAACCUUGAUCCUAGAGGAAAGAAAAAAAGUUUUGCCGCCAAUUCUUAUACCCGUGGUUAUAUUGGAGUUUUGUUUAUUUGUUGUUUUUUUGUUUUGUUUUGUUGUUUUUUUUUGUAUUGAAUCGUUUGGGUUCUUUUCUGUUUUUCUGAGCGGGCUUUCAAAGACAUGUCUUCAGGGAGGGAUGUGGGAGAUCACUCUGCAAUUAGAGGCCCAUGGGUGCGACCUCUGGGCCUCGGGGUCAGGCUCUGUAGGCCAGCUGGAUCACCUCCUACGGGUGGGCUUCCGUCUCCUUCUGCCUGUACAGUGACUUUUCUUUUGUUUGUUGUAGGUGUUCAUUGUUAACCCCAGUGUUAUUUCAGAACACGUCUGUAGAGUGUGUGUGAGUUGUGUGCCCAGGAACACACGCCCUUUAACAUUGUGCCUGCCUGCCUGCCUGCCCUCAGUACCGCUGUUGUCAUAUCUCUGACAUGUUUUGACAGAGCGUUACUUGUCUUUAUUUAUAACAUUAUUGUUGUUUUUUUUUGUUUCUCCUGUGUGUAAAUGUUCACGUGUCCUUAUUUCCCAUCAGCAUUGUUCAGUGUAAAUGUUUGGAUCCGAUGGGCAAUGGAAACUCUGUAUGUUUUCAGAAAGAACCAUGUCUCCUUAAAGGCCACCGGAGAGUAGAGUAGAGAAGGAAGAAGAAUGUAGGAGAAGGCAGACACAGUCAAGGUUGUUUUAUAAUUUACCUACAGUAUUUUUACCCUUUUGAUUAAGGUAUUACUUGUGGAUGUGAAGCUCACAAACAGUCCAUCACAUAUUUACCUCCAGAGCCCAGUCUGGAGAUUUAAGAUGUUGGUUCCGAACAUUUUGCCACUCUACAACCUGUGUGUGAAUCUCACCAAUCAUUGAUACUGACUCGCUUGAAAUAUGCUGGAGCACUAGUGAGCUUUGACAUCUGUUGCAUCAGAAGGGAUGCGUCGCUGCCAUUGUGGCACGCUCUCUCCCUAAAUCUGCAAUGCAUUAAACUAUUAACCUUCCCUCACUUGCAGAGAUGCACAUCAAAACAGCAGCUUUGUCUGAGUUUGGAGUGUAGCAGCGGAGUCACGCGAGGUUUUGUUUAAGCUGAACAGACGCUGAGAGAUCGUCAGCGAGCCGAGCAGGCAAAGAAAUGCAUGUCCCAUCCACUGGUACAAUCCUCCGCCACCUGUAGCAUGCAUCACUGGCUUUGUAUUUUGUAUGGUGUCCAUUGCCGGCGUAUAAAAAAAAUAGGCUAAAAGGAGACACUGUCAAUGUUCUUGUUGUGUGCCAUCCGUCUCUCGUCUCAUAUCUGUCUGAGUGCUCCCGCGGCCCAGGUCAAGCACUCUGCUGUAUUUUCAGUAACAAUCCACUGUUGUGGUGACUAAUAACGUGUUCAGUUGGCAAGAGGCAUGUCGGGGGGGAGAAUGUAUUGUUCAACGCAACAUUUUUUUUGUCCCUCUGACUCACUCGGUGACAUGCGGGAAAGAUGAACCCCUGACCUGCACGUCCCGGAUAAAAAAAGGCAUAAAAUAAACCUAAAGCAAAAGGAAAUAUACUUCACUGCCUGGAAAACCCAGAAAACAAGUGUUUCUUUCAAACCUGCCAAACAUAAAAGUGAGACACCCUCAAACACGGAGCUGCCAUUUAUUAUUUGUUAAUGUUUUAUGCACAUUCUCAUGUUCUGUUUAGUUUCCUCUUUGUCAAAAUGAUCUACAAUACUGCCAUUAUUUUCUGUGACUGUCUGAGCUGAAUAUCGGAAAGCCAUAGGUUAGGGAUGUCAAAAUGCAAAACCGUUAUUGAUCUGUGAGAUGUGAUGCGGAGUACGCCCAGGUGUUGUUUUUAUUAUUUUGUAUUUUGUUUUAUUUUAUUUUUUCAGUAAAUGUUCAAUUCUCUCCUUAUUGUGCAAUCAUAUUGCCAAAGAAUGAUUUCAAGCCCUAUUUCAUCACUACAUGUAAAUAUCAACGUUGUCCAAUACCGUGGCAAAAAAUAUAUAAAUGUUGUUUUAUUUUGUUUUCCAUUUUCUGAAAAACUACAAUGAUGUUUAUGUGAUGUAUUGUCUUCCAGUUGGUUGCAAUAAUAAAAAAAUACAAGUUGCAGAA